GGCAGGUCUCCUCACACACCCGGCUCUUCAAAUUGGAGUCGGGAUUCACUAGCUGUCCUAACCGGGUAUCUGCUGUUCCAGUGCGCUGUUCCCAGCCGCCCCGCCCCAGAGACAGCUGCAUCUCAGCUCGGGGCUCCGAGUCACAAACCCUGAGGAACCCGGGCUGCAGGGUCAGAGAGCCAGGCACUGGGACCCCCUCUGCAGGUCUAGGGGUCUGUCCCAGCCCAAACCUCAGCCAUGGGCAGAGCCCUUCCGCCACAGCAGGACCCUGAGGAAUGGAAGCUUCCACCUCAAGGUCCCCCAUGGAUACUAGGAGGUCCUGCCACGCUGAGGGUCCUGAUCCUCGCCCUGCUCUGGAGGGGGUCCUUGUCCCAGCUGCCCGGAUUUACCCUGACGGUGCCGCGGUCGGUGUCGGUGCAGGAGGGUCUGUGCAUUCUCGUCCCCUGCACCUUCACGUACCCAGCCUCGUACGACACCGACAAUCCCCGAGCCCGGCUCUACAGAUACUGGUACAAGGAUCCGGCCACUGUGGUCUGGGAUCCACCCGUGGCCAGCAGUGACCCCAGCCGGGGGGUGUCGCAGGAGACCCAGGGCCGGUUCCAGCUGGCGGAGAAUCCAGCCGACGGCGAUUGCUCCCUGCAAAUCAUCGACGCACGACAGAUGGAUACAGGGAGAUAUUUCCUUAGAGUCGAGAAAGGAUCGUUGAAAUACAGUUACCGCUUCAAUUACGACGGCACUGAUGCAAAGCUCAUGAUCUUGGUAGCAGGGCUGACGGAGGAGCCAGAGAUCCAGAUCUCGCAGGCGCGGGGGCUGCCAGGGAUGCUGCUGGCCGGGGAUCCAGUGACUGUGACCUGCACAGCACCUGGGCGCUGCUCCGGGCCCCCUCCCCGAGUCACCUGGACGGGGUCAUUCAGCGACACAGCCAGGGACGUCUCAGCCCCGCUGGCGAAUGGCACCUGGGCCCACAGCUCCGUGCUCAGCUUCACGCCCGGCCCGGGGGACCACGGCAAAGAGCUCAUCUGCACAGUCACCUACAGGCCACCAUGGGGACCUUCCACCCGCAGAACCGUCCGGCUCCACGUCGGCUAUCCGCCCAGGACCCCCAACAUCACCGGGACCCUGACCAGGAAUGGACACCCCGUGCUGGAAGUGUCGGGAGCUGAGGGCGACGUCGUGUCUCUGGAGACCUGGGAGGGCGACUCCCUGAGUCUGGGCUGUGAGGCUGGGAACAGACCCGAGGCCACCCUGAGCUGGGCGAAGGGGAACGAGUCCCUGAGCCCCAGCCAGGGACGGGUUGGGCGUCUGGAGCUAAUGAAUCUCAGCAGAGGGGACGCUGGGGAGUAUCGGUGCUGGGCAAAGAAUCCCUUUGGGUCGGCCAGCCGGACCCUGCGUGUGCACGUGCAGAUUCUAGAGAAGACGCUGCAAAUCACUGUCUCCAGAGCUAACAGGAGCGACCCCCAGUUAUUCCAAGAUCCCGGCACCCUGAUGGCGAACGGGUCACAGCUCACGGCCCGGGAGGGCGACUCCCUGCGGUUCGUCUGCUCUGUCGCCAGCAGCCCCCCCGCUGUGCUGGGCUGGGUGAGGGGGGGCCGAGCCAUCGAGGGCACCCGCCCCGUGGGGGAGAAUCAGCUGCAGCUGGAGCUGCCCAACAUGACGGCCGAGGACAGGGGGCUGUACAGGUGCUGGGCCCAGAACAAGGAAAGCUCUGCCCAGGGGACGUUCCAGCUGCUCGUCGAGUACAGCCCCCGGCUGGGGACUGGGCUGAACUCGUCUUGCCAGCGCCAGGGGCUCAGCGUCAGCUGCAGCUGCUCCCUGCGCUCCCAUCCCCCACCCCAGCUCCAGUGGCAGGUGGAUGGGGAGCCUCUGGCUGGGAACAGCUCACGGGGGGCCCUGCAGGUCAGCUCAUGGGCCCAGGGGGAUGAGGCUGUCAGCACCCUGAACUGGAUGGGGAGCGGGGACGGGGGCCCCCGGAUCUUCUGCCUCGGCUCCAACCGGCACGGGACCUAUGCCGCCCUGCACUUUGACUUCAGCCCCCCGCAGAGAGGUGCGAAGGAGCCUGGCAAGCUGCUGGGCGUGGGGGUGGCCUGUGGGCUGGGGGUCGCCGUCGCCUUCUUCCUUCUCGGGCUCUGUGUGAUCAAGCUGCGGGGCCGGGAGCCGGCGCCCCCCAGUGCUGAGGCCGGGGAGAUGGCUAAUGGGAGUCAGGCCGAGCACACGGCCGACGACGCCAGCCUGAUCUACAGUAACGUCACCACCAUCCCCAUGGAUCACAAGACUCCAGACAAAGACGUUCAGGAUGGGGCUGCAGCAGCCCAGGCCCCACUAGGCCCCAGGGAACCGGAUGAGCUGCAUUAUGCCACCAUUGACUUCUCCAAGCUGCAGCACAAACGGGGGGAGCCUGCGGAGGUCCCCGCCACAGAAUAUUCCGAGGUCCGGCUGAAAUAGCCCCCUCGUGCCAUGGGCCCAGGCUGUGCGUCUCCGGCCUGUCCAGUGAGGGAAGGGGUCAAAGUGAGAGGGAAAGGCAGCAAGGGGUCAGCCCCGAGUUGGAAACCUGGGUGCAAAUCCCUGCUCCGCCCCAGACUCUGGGCAGAGUCAAGUAGGCCUUGGAGAUGCUGGAGCGCUGCAUUGUGGGGUGGUAUCCUAGAGUCCCCUGCAGCCGGGUCCCAAAGCCUGCCCCCUCCCAAACCCCACUGCCCCUGGGGGAAAGAGCCUCUCACCCCCCAGCCCCAGAGAGUCUCUCUUCUACCCUGC